AUGGCGAUGGGCGCGGCGCUGCGGGCGGCUGCCGCUGACGCGGUGGUGACGUUCCUGUGGGUGAUGUGCGUCUCCACGCUGGGGGCCUCGACGGCGGCGGUGACGUCCUACCUGAGGUUGCAGGGCGUCCACUACGCGCUCCUGGUCACCGUCUCCCUCCUCUCCGUGCUCCUCUUCGCCUUCAAUAUCCUCGGCGACGCACUCGGCGGCGCCAGCUUCAACCCCACCGGCGUUGCCGCCUUCUAUGCCGCCGGAGUCACCAGCCCCUCCCUCUUCUCCGUCGCGCUCCGAUUACCGGCACAGGCCGCCGGCGCUGUGGGCGGUGCUCUUGCCAUCUCGGAGCUGAUGCCGGCGCAGUACAAGCACAUGCUUGGGGGACCCUCGCUCAAGGUGGAUCCCCACACCGGCGCUGUCGCCGAAUUAGUGCUUACUUUCGUCAUCACCUUGGCCGUGCUCUGGAUCAUAGUCAAGGGGCCCCGCAACCCCAUCAUCAAGACAUGGAUGAUCUCCAUCUGCACCUUGUGCCUCGUCCUCACCGGCGCAGCAUACACCGGCCCUUCCAUGAACCCAGCCAAUGCAUUUGGCUGGGCGUAUGUUAACAAUCGCCAUAAUACAUGGGAGCAGUUCUAUGUGUACUGGAUAUGCCCCUUCGUUGGUGCCAUUCUUGCUGCGUGGAUCUUCAGGGCUUUGUUCCUAGCACCGCCACCUAAGCCCAAGGCCAAGAAAGCAUGA